AUGAGCCGAGCGAGUAUCGAGCAGGCCCUCACCGGCUUAGUGCCUACAUUGAAUGGCCCUCUGCCCCCAGAGUUGAUCGAUUUGGCUUUGUCACUUCUCACUCGCUCCCGAACAGUCGCGACGUCUAUGAAGUCUGAUGAAGAAAUCGCACGACCAUACGCAUGUGCGCAAUUGGCUUGCGAAAGGCUUAAGAAGCGCCUCAACCUUCCUUCGAUCACAUCACGACCGCCCUGUCCCCCUCGCAUAUAUAAGAAGCUGUAUAACUACCUAAGUAGUGCUCUUCCAGACUCUUUUGCCGCUGCAGAGCCACAAACACCGCGUAAAUCGUCUGCUCCGGCCUCCACAUCCACACGUAACACACCAAAAACGCCCCUAAGCGCAAGGAAGACACCACACAGCACAAAGCGAGGCCGUGAAAGCGAUGGUGAGCCCCCGGAGUGGGUCAUGCCCGCUAUCAGGGCUCUAGCAAAGGCGUUCGAAUAUCCAGCAGUGAUACCUCAUGUGUACACCGGUGUAGAGUCCAUUUACCCUCUACUCGCCCGUAUGGCUGCCGCAGCUGCUGAGACACCUAGCAAGCGACCACAACGACCAACAUCUACUACACAGUCCUUUGCUGAUGUCAGUGAUACAAGGCUUUGUAGCCUUGUAGUCGUUGUGUUCUUGCUCGUUUUCUCGAGAAUGAAGGAUGUCGACGUCUCGCCAGACAGAUACAACGAAUGGCUAGCCAAGGCAACGGAUGCCGUCUUGGAAACCCCAUCUGCACAGAACAUCACACAAGAUGAGCUGGCACCUGCAAUAGAGCAGACAAUGGCCAUGGCCAAGGAAGAAGGCUGGCUACAGAUGCAGUGGUUCGAUAGUGUAAGACCUCUGGACAAUGAAGACGAGAUGGAAGGUGUCGAAAUGACCGGCAACACAACUGUCAAAGUAAAGGGCCUAGGCCUACGAUCUGGAAGCGAUUAUAUUGGCCUAGGCACUAUGAUGCAAGAUGCAACUGACUACCUUGGCGAGCGGCAGCAGGACGAUUACGCAAAGUGGAAGACCAGAAUUAUGGCGCGCGUGCAGGAGAUUGAAGCAGCAUAG